AUGUCGACCAAAAACCCAGACGCCAUGGAAAAGAACAGCAAGACAGCGCACCAGGCCGCUGAACGCGACCCCCGCGGCAAGGAAUGGCAGUUCGGCCUGUUUAGCUGCUUCGGCGACAUCGGGGCCACUCUGCUGUCCUGCUUCCUGCCGUGCGUGUUGCACGGCCGCACAAUUGACCGCAUGCGCGACCCGUCACUCAUGUCGCACAACCCGUGCAACGGUGAGUGCAUGAUCUGGGGCUUCAUCGAAUGCAUGACCUGCUGUGGAUGCGUGUACAACAUCGUCAAGCGCGCCGAGAUCCGGGAGCGGUACGGAAUCGAAUCAUCCGGCAUCUCCGACUUCUGCGUCUCGUGCUGCUGCCUUGCCUGCGCGAUGGUCCAGCAGGACCGCGAGGUGGCCCUCCGGGCGCCGCACUACGGUCCCGUCACCAAGCCGUACCAGGGCGGCAAGGAGGCCAUGCACAUGCCCGGGGCUGCUGCGCCUCGGUAG